AUGGGACAGCAGGCUCCACGGUCCCGAGUCGCCCGCCUGCAGAAAGCCCCAGUGCCGAGCAGAGGCUCCCUCUGCAGCAGCUCUGUCCGACCUCAGGCCUCCGCCCAGCAGCAGCAGUUAUCUUCACUGCUACGCUCGGGAGGCUCGUCCCCUUCUCUCUCAGCAGAGAAAGGCUUUGCAUUCCUGAAAGCCAGUUGGAUUAAUUCCGUGCAACUAUUCCACGAAAGUAAAUUUAUUCUGAAUGCCCUGGUAAAUUUCUGGCAGUUCAGAGGAAUCUCCCAGUUGGGACACAUCCAUUGCGAAGAACACCAGGUGGAAGCUUGCAGAGAACGCUUUGCAGUGAUGAAAUCAGCAGCGUUGAAGACUUACAUUUUGAGAACAUGGUAUAUUCUUGUGCCGAUAGUGCGGCUGAAUACAGCUGAGGAUUUCCAGUGGACAAAGAAUAAUCCAGGCUCUUUCUAUUAUGGCACUUUUCCAGCUGGUUUUUUAUGGGGUGUUGGAAGCUCUGCGUACCAGACUGAAGGGGCCUGGGAUGAGGAUGGGAAAGGACCAAGUAUUUGGGAUGCUUUUACUCACAAGAAAGGGAAAGUGUUUAGAAAUGAAACAGGAGAUUCCGCAUGUGAUGGCUACUACAAAGUUAAGGAUGACAUUCGGUUACUGAAGGAGCUGAGAGUUAAUCACUAUCUAUUCUCUAUCUCAUGGCCUCGGAUUAUGCCCACUGGCAUCAAAAAGCAAUUGAAUGAGAAGGGCAUACAGUUCUACAACGAUACAAUUAACAGUCUGCUGGAGAACAAUAUUACCCCUAUCGUCAGCCUCUACCACUGGGAUCUUCCCCAGGUUCUCCAAGAAAAGUACGGUGGCUGGCAAAAUAUAAGCAUGAUAAAUUAUUUUAAUGAUUAUGCGAAUCUGUGUUUCGAGAAGUUUGGCGAUCGUGUGAAACACUGGAUUACUUUUAGUAAUCCUUGGGCGGUUGCUGAAAAGGGGUAUGAAACUGGAGAACACGCACCAGGACUGAAGCUCGGUGGAUGCGGAGCGUACAAAGCAGCACACCAUAUAAUUAAAACUCACGCGAAGGUAUGGCACUCUUACAACAACACAUGGCGGAGGGAGCAGCAAGGUAUGGUUGGAAUUUCCUUAACUAGCGGCUGGGGUGAACCUGUUGAUCCACAUAGCCAGACAGACAGAGACGCUGCUGAAAGAUACAUACAGUUUCAUUUGGGAUGGUUUGCAAAUCCAAUUUUCAGAGGCGACUACCCAGAAGUUAUGAAGAACUGCGUAGGUAGGAAGAGUGCCCAGCAGGGCCUGGGGACAUCGAGAUUACCAACUUUCUCCGUGCAAGAGAAAACCUAUAUUAAAGGCACAUCGGAUUUCCUGGGAAUAGGUCAUUUUACUACUCGUUACGUUCUACAGAAGAGCUUUCCUUUUCUACAAGUGUCCAGUUACCACACUGACCGUGAUUUGGCUGAACUGGUGGACCCAAAAUGGCCAGCUCCAGGACCUAAAUGGUUAUAUUCUGUGCCUUGGGGAUUCAGAAGAUUACUCAACUUCGUUAAGACACAGUACGGGAACCCUCCCAUUUAUGUGACAGAGAAUGGAGUUUCUGAAAAGGUACAGUGUACUCAGCUGUGUGAUGAAUGGCGGAUAGAGUAUCUGAAAGGAUAUAUUAAUGAAAUACUGAAAGCUCUAAACGAUGGUGUUAAUGUCAAAGGUUAUACUGCCUGGUCACUGCUGGAUCAGUUUGAAUGGAACAAAGGCUUCUCCGAAAGAUUUGGAUUUUAUCACAUUGAUUUUAAAAACAAGAACAAACCACGAUAUCCAAAGGCAUCCGUUGACUAUUACAAAAAGAUUAUCAGUGCAAAUGGAUUCCCAAAUCCAAGAGAGGUGAACAACUGGUAUCAGAAGGCCAUGGACACUUGCUCUACCACGCACCAACUCCUUGCUACAGAUUCCCUGAUUACUCACAUGGAAAUGGUGACAGAGAUUGUUCUUCCUACAGUUUUCACUCUCUGCGUACUCGUCAGUAUUGUCCUACUAAUAUUCUACCUUCGAAAUCACAGUUAA